ACGAAGUGAGAUAACAAAGGAAUGCUGGGGUCUCGAGUCGUGCUACCUUAGCCUAGGUACCGUAGCACUUCGAAAGCAGAGCUCUGAAUCUAGCUGUAAUCCCUUCAAUCCGAUCCGCUACUAAGGGACUCCCUUGCUUCAGCAAAACAGGGAGCUCUUGCAUGUGAGUCUGACAGGGGCAACAGGGGCCAACUUCUAACCGUCGCCAUGACCACCCCAGCCGGCGCACCUGGUGUUUACAAUCCCCCAUUAGGGCCAGCUCCACCUGCAGCAACGGCUGUCCCCACAGUGCACAAGGAGGAAGCUUAUGAUGACAUCCCCAUUGCGCAGCCCGUAAAUAUGGGGCAGGGGGGUGCCCCUACUCCAGGGAUGCCAUACAAUCAGGGGGGGCAGUAUCCGGGGGAGCAGUUUCCGCCUCAGACUGGUUAUCCCCCUCAGCCGGCGCCACCCCCAGGUUACGGUGGUCACCCAGGCUACGGCUUCCCUCCCCCUGGAUAUGGCCCUGGAUUGAUCCCCCCUCAGCAGCAAUUCCCCCCCCAGUACAAGGCUGGCAUGGUGCCCGAAAACGCAAUCGUAGGACCCCCUGGGAACCUGCCUUUGGCGUACACGUUCUUUGGCGACACAGAGGCGCCGUACCACUGCAAAAAGUGCGGGAAGAACGGCUUGUCGAGAAUGGAGCACCAUUUCAGCCUCGCGGCGUGCCUCGGUUGUGUUGUGACAUUGGUUGGCGUCUGCUUCCUGCUGCCGUCCUGCGACUGCCUCUGGAGCAAAACGCACUACUGCAUACACUGCGGCGAGAAGGUUGGAGUUCACGACAAGUCCGAUCCGUGCCUGGUGGCUGACCCGCCGAAUUACACUAAACUCAGCUACGCAGUGCCGGCGUCAGGUGGCAACCAAUGACGUGGCGCAUGGAAAUCAUGUAGACAUCACAAGCUCCUAAUAUAUAGGUAGACUGUUUUGAGGGGAGUACGUGUUUUACUGUACAGAGCCUUGUUUGCACGUAUUGUAAUCAGGAAGUAGUGCACGAUAUCUUUAACGUAGAGUCUGCGGAGGGUUGCGUCUAGGAGCCAAGAGGUGUUGGAUCGAGGAUUAAGCAUUGAAGGGCGGCAGCGACUUUAUUGCGGCAACAGUCAGACGUUUUGCUAGCCGUCAUUGACAACAUAUCACGCGCGUCGACCUCAUGCUACUGCUUCCAGUGUAGUGAACCAUUCGGCGCUCUGUAGACAAAAUCUGAGCUAGAGAUAUCAUGUACGGCAUGUUCAUGCCUAUCUGUUUAUACGCUAGUACAAGUCACUGUCAUUUGCAGCAAAUAGGAUCCUCCAAUCACUUGCGGAAACGCUAGAUAUACUAUCAGGAUCGCGCCGGCCAUGUUAAUAUUGCCCACUUAGGCAAUGUGCCAC